AUGGUUUUGUUAAGAGACUGCGAGACACAAUCGCAACAAAAACGAUGCUAUCGACAACUCUUCCUGAGAUACGCACACCUCGUCUCCUUCAUCUUAUGGGUUGGCCUUUUUAUCUACAUAGUCACUCUCCACCGAAGUCUCCCAAAACAUUGCCUAGAGAAAUUCAACAGUUAUUCUCCUAUCUUGGAAGCCAUCAACGAGAACGAUUUUCAAGAUGUCACGUUUACAUAUUCUCUCUGGUAUAAGUCUCAAUUCAAAGGGCCACCGACUACUGAAGUCGAGGAUGCAUGGCAUUCUAUAAUGAGAUAUGGCGAGAUCAGGAUCCCCGCUUCCGAUAUUCUGCGUAUUGGCCAUAAUCUGAGCUCGGUUCAAUUUCCUCCGGAGCUGGGAGGUGGCUAUGUCGCAAUUGCGUCCGGAACACAUGCAAUCCACUGCCUUCACUACAUUUGGCAGGAUCAUUACAUCGACAUUAUGCCAGAGGUCAAAUCAAAAGCAGAGGCGAUUCCAGAGAUGUACGAGCGGCAUUAUGAGCACUGUGUCGACUACAUGAGACAAUAUAUCAUGUGCAAAUUCGAUACAACGAUCAUUCCACUGAAUUGGGUGAGAGCCCACCAAAACCCAACGCCAAAUGGAAAUACGAUUCAUAAGUGCGUCAAUUGGAACGCACUACAGAACUGGCUUCAAAAGCGGGCUGUGGCAAUGCCUGAUGGGUUCAAAUGGAGUCAACCACUAAAUGCAGUGGUUCUGGAUGAUAAUCCAUGA